AUGGGCCAUAGGUUGGUUCACUCCCCCAUUUCCACCUUCCUCCCUUUCCCUUCCACACCUCUCUUCCAAACUAUCAUACUCGCCGCGACCUACGCCGUCGCCACCUUCCCCUCCCGCCGCCGCGUCUGCUCCGGCGCCGCCUGCGCAUCCCACCGCGACGCCCCGUCGCCACCUCCCCUCUCCCGCCGCCGCGCCUACUUCAGGCGCCGCCUGCGCAUCCCGCUGCCGCGACGCCCCGUCGCCGCCUGCCCCUCCCGCGGCCGCGCCGUCACGUCACCACCUCCCCUCCCCGCUGCCGCGCCUUCCUCGGCGCCGCCUGCGCAUCCCGCCGCCGCGACGCUUCGUCGCCGCCGCAAGACCCGCCGCCGCACCUGCUUCGGCGCCGCCCGCGCACACCCCCGCCGCGACGCCUCGUCGCCGCCUGCCUCUCCCGCAGCCGCGUCGUCCAGUCGCCGCCUCCCCUCCUCGCCGCCGCGCCUUCCUCGGCGUCGCCUGCGUCUCCUGCCGCCGCGACUCUUCAUCGCCGCCGCACGUCCCGCCGCCGCGCCUGCUUCGGCGCCGCCCGCGCAUCCCCCCCCGCCGCGACGCCUCGUCGCCGCCUACCCCUCCCGCGGCCGCGCCGUCACGUCGCAGCCUCCCCUCCCCGCCGCCGCGCCUUCUUCAGCGCCGCCUGCGCAUCCCGCCGCCGCGACGCUUCGUCGCCGCCGCAAGACCCGCCGCCGCGCCUGCUUCGGCGCCGCCCGCGCACACCCCCUCCGCGACGCCUCGUCGCCGCCCGCCUCUCCCGCAGCCGCGUCGUCCCGUCGCCGCCUCCCCUUCCCGCCGCCGCGCCUUCCUCGGCGCCGCCUGCGCCUCCUGCCGCCGCGACUCCUCGUCGCCGCCGCACGUCCCGCAGCCGCGACUUCGCGUCGCCGCCUGCACGCCCUCGUCGCCGCGACCUUACGCCGCCGCCUGCGCAUCCCGCCGCCGCGGCCUCCGGUCGCUCGUGCAUCCCCCCGCCGCGACCUCCUCUCCGCCGCCCGCGCAUCCCUCCGCCGCAACCUGCUCGUCGCCGCCCGCGCAUCCCGCCACCGCGACCUACCGUCGCCACCCGCGCAUCCCGCUGCUCCUACUGCCCCGCCCACAGCUGCAACUAUCGCCACCACCCAAGAGCUCCAGGCGGCCGCCGACGCCACCUUUCUCCACGAUCGCCGCGAGUACCUCAUCCGCAAGGCGGAGCAUGAGGUUGCGGUGCAUCAUCACGACUUCACUGUAGCAGAACGUGCCAACCGCCUGGCUCUCCUUGAUGAGUAUAACGCGGCCAUGGCAGACUACCUCCCCAAGAGCAUUGCAUGGGCCACUGCUGACAACCGCGCCUGCACCAUCCUCCUCGGCGCACUCCCCGAUGCCCUCAUGCGCCGUUUCCAAGCUCGCGAGAUGCGCGCCUCCCUCAUCUGGGCUGAGCUUCAGGCGAUGUUCGAGCGCCGCGACAUCAGCUCCGUCGGCGCCCUCUUCCAGGAGUACUUCUCCAUCACCCUCGCCACCUGUGAUGGCGCAGUUGACUACGUGGGGCGCAUGCAUGAGGUCGCUGAUCGUCUCUCAGCACGCCAAGCUGCCCUCCCCGAGCCACUGCAGAUCCACCGCCUCCUCUACAACCUCACCCCGGACUACGAGUCCCGCCUCCAUGCCUUCACUGAGGCAAACCCCUUGGCCGGCCUCAACGACGUGGUCCAGUGGAUUAUUAACACGGAGGUCAAGCUCCGCACACCCAUCGUCAACCUUACCACCCCUCAGUCCUCCUCCUCCAGCUCCCUCAAUGCUACACAGCCGCGCAACCAGGGUGGUCGCAGCAGCGGCGGUGGAGGUCGUGGAGCAGGUGGCGGUGGUGGUGGAGGUCGCGGUGGUGGUGGUGGCGGUGGUGGUGGCCGUGGUGGCCGUGGUGGUGGUGGUGGUGGUAGCGCUGGCGGCACCUCUGCUGGAGGACCCUCCGGUGCUGGGGGUGCGGUGACUCGAGGCGGUCGCCCUGGCACUCUCCCCCCAUGCACGUAUGUGAGCCGCCAUGGUCCCCAUGCUAGUACCCCUUGUGGCCAAACCAACCAUCCCCCCGCCACGUGCUUCAAGGCGCUCGAUGACGCCUGGGUCGAUCGGGGCAACACUUGCACCCCUCCUCGUUGGAACACUGUCACCCCUCGCCCCUCCCUGGUGGAUGUUCAAACUCUCCCCUCUUUCCUCCCCGCUCACCUCCGCCUGUGGAGCCACUGA